AUGGCUGAAAAGGCAACUGGUGGUUUACCCAAUGAUAAUUCCACUUUCCAAUCACAGAAUGUAUCGGUUCCGAACCUUGUAACAUGGGACGGUCCCGACGACCCAGAGAACCCCAAAAAUUGGCCGCAAAGUCGAAAAUGGACGACAAUUCUUCCCAUGUCCCUGUUCAACUUCCUCUCCUCGAUCAGUUCCGCCACCAUGGCCCCAGCGUUGACUGCUAUCCAAGAGGAUCUGCACUUUUCCUCAAGCCUCCUAGCGGUGUUGUCUCUGUCGGCAUUCUUACUAGGAACGGCUUUCAUACCGUUAUUCACAGCCCCGUUGUCAGAGGUGUUUGGUCGCUCUUUGAUUCUUCAAUCGGCAAAUAUAUUUUAUAUCGUCUUUAAUACGCUCUGUGGGGUGUCGCGCACUCCGACCCAGCUUAUUGUCUUUCGCUUCUUUGCGGGUUUGGGUGGAGCCGGGCCUUUUGCAAUCGGCAGUGGCAUCAACGCCGACUUAUUUACACCCCGUGAACGAGGCCAAGCUCUUGCGGUUUACACCUUGGCUCCCCUCGCGGGAGUAGCGAUUGGCCCGAUAGCAGGCGGCUUCCUCGUUCAAUAUACAUCAUGGCGCUGGUGCUUCUAUGUCGUGUCGAUUGCCGGCGGUGCCAUCCAAAUAUUCUGUCUCCCGUUUUUCCGGGAGACGUAUGCCCCCAUUCUUCUCCAAAAGCGCUGUAGACGCCUCCGCAAGUGCACUGGGAAUCUCAACCUCUACACCGAACACGAUACAAUCUCGCUUGCGAAGCUCCUCAGCACUAGUAUCGUCAGACCCUUUAAACUGCUCGCUACCCAGCCUGUAGUGCAAGUGUGGAGUUUAUACUGCGCAUACCUCUAUGGUAUUCUCUAUCUCCUGAUCGCGAGUUUCCCGGACGUUUGGUCGGACGUCUAUGGCGAGUCUGUGUCCAUUGGAUCACUGAACUAUAUUUCCAUGUUCAUUGGAAUGGGAAUUGCUUCUCAGAUCGGAACACGACUCGCCGACCGCUAUUAUCGGAAGCUGUGCGAUAGAAACGGAGGACAUGGGCUGCCGGAGUUCCGUCUGCCGGUGCUUAUCCUUGGGGCAUUUAUCGUACCGGUGGGGUUAUUUUGGUAUGGCUGGAGUGCAAGGUCGAAUGUUCAUUGGAUUAUGCCAAAUAUCGGCGCGGCAAUCUAUAGUGCCGGGACCAUCCUUGAAAUUCUUUGUGUCAUGGGCUACAUCAUUGACACCUAUCAAAAAUUCGCCGCAAGUGCCAUGGCCGCCAUCAUCGUCCUACGGAGUAUUCUUGCCUUUGCCUUGCCCUUGGCAGCUCCCAGCCUUUACGGCAACCUAGGAAACGGAUGGGGCAACACCCUCCUUGCAUUGAUAGCAACAUUUAUUGGCAUACCUUGUACCAUUUUACUUAGAUACUACGGUCCGGCUCUCAGGAAACGAAGUCCGUAUGCCAGAGACGACUAA